AUUUUCCUGCAUAAGUCAAAUCAGGAUUAUGCCGUUUCGGCCAUUCAUUCCAAUUAGACUGGUUUGGAUUUCUCCCUGAAUAAUAUGGCUGACAUCUUUACCCCAUUUUGGAGUUUUAAGUGUCCAUGACAUAGCCCCUCCAGAAAUGUAAUAAAAUCUCUAAGGUCACUGCUCCUGAGAAUCAGAAGCCGGUCGCCAUGGAGACUACCAGUCACAGGAAGUUACAUCAUAACAACAUGUUAAUUGAAACGUAGAAGGGGGGCCAUUGUAAGUAACCUCGGAACCACUUCCUCCUGAAAACACAUGGGCGUGUUUUUCAUGUACCAUGAGUAUGCAGGAUAGCUCAUGCAAACCCUUCUGCAGGCAUAUGAGGCCAAUAUGAAGAACUGCACACACUGUAUUAUCACAUCCUCUGUCUCUGUCUCUAAGUCUCUCUCUCUCAAUUCAAUUCAAAGUUCUUUAUAGGCAUGGGAAACAUAUGUUUACAUUGCCAAAGCAAGUGAAAUAGAUCAUAAACAAAAGACUAAAAAACUAUUUAGACAUUACACACAAAAAGCUCCAAGACAAUAUACAUAUUAUGACUAUAUACAGUGUUGUAAUGAUGUGCAAAUAGAUAAAUACGGGCUGAAUUUACAAUUGUGUUUGUGGCAACAAGUCACAAAUGUUGCUGCUGUGAUGGUACACUGUGGUUUUUCAGCCAAUAGAUAUGGGAGUUUAUCAAAAUUGGAUUUGUUCUUUUAGGGUUUGUGUAAUCUGAGGGAAAUAUCUGUCUCUGUGGUCAUACAUUUGGCAGGAGGAUAGGAAGUGCAGCUAUGUGUCCACCUCAUUUUGUGGGCAGUGUACACAUAGACUAUCUUCUCUUGAGAGACACGUCUGCCUAUGGCGGCUUCUCUCAAUAGCAAGGCUAUGCUCACUCAAUCUCUCUCUCUCUCAAUCUUUAGCUCUCUCUCUCUCUCUCUCUCUCACUAUAUCUCCCUUCUCUUUCUUUCUUUCUCUCUCUCUCUCCCUCCCUCAUCUCUCUCUCUCUCUCCUCUCUCUGUCCCCCUCUCUCUCCUCUCUCUCUUCCUUCUCUCUCUCCCUUCUCUCUCUCUCCCUUCUUUCUCUCUCCCUUCUCUCUCUCCCCCUCCUCUCACCCUCUGUCUCUCUUUCCCUCCGUUCUCUUUCUCUUCUCCGAAGUGGUCUGCUCAUAAAGUUCCAAAAAUAUUGUUACCUGUAAAAUAACAUGACCAUUAACCACACAACCAGCAACUAGGAAACACUCCAAAAACCACCAGUAUCAGACUGAUGGACACAGUGACAGACCCAAAACAUGGCCACUCCUCAUCGUCUUUAACUCUGCAGCUGAGUGAAGGUUUUUUUUCAGAGAACGAGUAUAGAGUGUAACUUCCUUUUCAACUAACAUACCGGAAAUAUUUUCUAGAACCGCAGCCCGCAUCAAAUGAUGUCUCUCUCUCUUCUCUGUGUGUUUUGGUGAGUCUAGCUAUCUACCAGUCAGAGAUAGAUGAGGAGGACGUACAGCCAGAGGAAACAGACACAACUCCUAACAGAGAUGUCUGGUGGUCCCCUCUCGUGCUUCUCCAAACAGGGAAUACUCCUACUCUCUAUCCUCCACUAUGGGAUCUGGGCUGAAGUCCCUCCGAAGGACCUGUAUGGAUUGAGGGGGGGUUCGGUGUGCCUAGCUGUAGCAGAACCACCGCAGGAGCCUGGAAAACAAAGUUGGAAGGUCAAUAGUACCAUAAUAGUUUCUGGCAGAAAGGUCUCUCCUAAAUACCAGGAGAAAGUGGAGUAUAAUUCACUGAACCACUCUCUGUGCAUUAAGAAUCUGAGUGAAAAAGACAGAGGAACUUACAUUGCAACCUAUGAGAAAAAUUGGGAAGAGUUGACUACUACAUACAGACUAACGGUACAGGAGCCUAUAUCCAAGGUGGUGAUCCAGAAGGAGAUCACGCUAUUGGCCAACCAGUCCUGUUCAGUGUGGCUGAUGUGCAACGUGUCAGUCUGCUCCAACAUCUCCUACACCUGGGAGAGAGGGAAGGAAACAUACAGGGACGACGAGCAGAUACACUUCUCUCUGUCACCAGCAGACGGAGACAUCAGUGUAACCUGCACUGCCUCCAACACAGUCAGUGAGAAAUCUGCCUCUACAACAGUAAAGUGUAGUAAUGACACAACCAUCCCAGGGCUGGUGUGGUGUAUCAUCUGCAUUGUAGUGGUGUUGACCCUCAUUGUAGCGGUGGCAGUGUAUUGCUGCAGGGGCCACUGUAACACGGUAUAUCAAAAUGACAAGACAAUAUAUGCGGAUGUUAUGGGCAGUACAAUAAAUAAAGAUACAAGAGGGACAGUGGAUGAUCUGGCUGAACCAAGACUGAACAAGCCGCAGACUCUGUACGACGAGAUCAAAGUUGGACGCCCAAAAGCGCCCUCUUCUGCCUACCAGGAAGUACUUGUGAGCUGAGCAGGAUGUGUUCAUAGGAUGGGCCUUAUAUCUCUGCAUCAUCUGCAUCCAAGGCUACAGUCUGUAGAUGGAUGUUACUGUUAACUUUUAUCACGACUUGCACAUUUCUGACAUUUGCUGCUUAUUUUUUUUCAUGAUUGCAAUCUUCUCCCUUUAUUGUUCCUCAUAUACAGUGGGGCAAAAAAGUAUUUAGUCAGCCACGAAUUGUGCAAGUUCUCCCACUUAAAAAGAUGAGAGAGGCCUGUAAUUUUCAUCAUAGGUACACUUCAACUAUGACAGACAAAAUGAGAAAAAAAAUCCAGAAAAUCACAUUGUAGGAUUUUUUAUGAAUUUAUUUGCAUUAAACAAAACUAUAAACACACAUACAUUACAACAAAAACAUUGUACAUUAAAAACACAAACGUCUUAACUAAAAACAACUGGCCUAAAAACAAUUACACUCUUCUAUGAUAUAUACAUCGAUCAAGUGUUUAAACUCCACCAACGAAACAAGAUCAUCACAUUUUAAAAUGUUCAUGACAGAAUUCCAGGACCACAGAGCUAAGUAACUAAAACUAUUUAUACCGUGUCCUGUUCUCAUUUUUGGUACUAUUAGAAGCAAAUCAGAAUGGGACUGUAAUUGAUAUUUAUUUACUGACCUGAAUAAAAAAAGAACAGAGAUAAAAUUGAAUAAUUAUAGAGACACAUUUUAUUCAUACUAAAUGUAUACAUAACAUUGCAUUUCUGAUUUACUGAACAAUAAUUGUUGUCUGAGAAAAAUAAAUGCUGUUUAAAACUUGAAAUAAUAUAAUUUAAAGUACA